UUUUAAAACUGGCAAUUGAAAUUCGAUUUCCAAUCGAGAGCGCGAUGCUAGCGCGCAAGGUUGCAGGAGGAGGCAAGGCGCGAGGGGGCGUUGGAGCCGACGACGCUGCGAUUCCAAGACAGGUGACGUUCACGGCGCACGACAUUCGGUCGUCGCAUUAUAAUGCGUCGCCGACGGUGUUGGAAUGGUCCGCAGUCGACGGCCGCGUGUCGUCCGUGAAGGGUGCAACGUGGCGCGUCACCAACAUCGUCCAGUUGCUUCGUCGUGAGCUCUUCGACAUGUUUCUUCCGUUUGGUUACCCCGACAGCGUCAGCGACGAGUACCUCACAUUCCAAAUGUGGGAUACGUGCCAGGCCAUGUGCAGUUAUCUCCGCGGCGUCCUCGCUACGCAAUCCGUGCUGGAGAGCGUCGGGGUCGGCAAAGAUUCCGUCACACCCUUGGCGGCGGCGCUACAGUGGGUUAUGCGAGACGGCUCGGGCAUGCUCGGGGGACUCUUCUUCGCGUACAUUGUCGGGCCCAAGUUUGACGCGAACGUCAAGUUCUGGCGGCUGUACGCAGACGUCAUCAACGAUUUCGGGCUCACGCUAGACAUGCUGGCGCCGUUCUUUCCUCUGUACGUAACCGAGAUCCUGUGCGUAUCGUCCGUGUGCAAAGCCAUGUGUGGCGUCGCCGCCGGCGCGACGCGGUCGUCGCUGACAGCCCAUUUCGCCAAGCACGAAAACAUGGCGGAUAUCGCGGCCAAGGAAGGGUCGCAGGAAACUUUUGUCAACAUGGUCGGGCUCGUCAGUGGCAUGUACUUUGCCAACGCCGUCAACCAGUCGCGGACGACGGUGUGGAUGGCAUUUAUCUUUCUCACGGGCUUUCACGUUGUGGCGAAUUACCUGGCUGUGACCACGCUGUGCAUUCCAACUCUCAAUGUCCAGCGCGCAUACCUGGCGAUUCAACGGUAUCGCAGCAGCAGCACGAAACAGGUGACUUCCGACCGCAGGACACGGCUCGUACUUCGUGCAUGUAGUCGCUGUCGGUGGUCGACAUCAACCACGCCGAAGUGAUUUGGGGCCCGCGGCUGCCGAUCUCGAUGGGCCACCACUUGCCGGCCGCCCACGUCCCCCUCGGUCCUCUGCUCGCGGCGUAUCGGUGCGACUGUUGGCAACGUUUCCACAUGGAUCGCUGCGCUCGACUGAAACACGUGUGUGUGUGUGUGGUGCGCAGGGAUGAACAGUACGUGCUGUGGGAAGAUGCUGCUGGGCACAUUCAUGUUUUCUUGUCCGUGCAUGCCAAGCCAGUGGACGAACUCCGAGCGUUCUACCACGUCACAAUCGUGCUGACGUCGCCAGCCAAAGGCAGCGGCGCGCUCGCCAUGAUGCAGCAAGAAUUUCCGCUCUUUUACGAGACCAUGCACCAGCACGAGUGGAAGCUGACGCACAUCCCGCUCGGCACUGGCUACGUUCGUUUCAAUUGGGAAUAGACCGACGGUUGGUCAUGGCGCAUGCCAGCGACACCGCGUCCAGCGCGAUCGGUCGUUUGCAGCAGCGAGAAUUUGAACACGACCUUGCGUGGGGA